GUAGACGCGAAGCGCGCCGGCAGCCAGGCCACUCCGCUCCGCGAUCGUUUGAACAUAAAUGCUGGAGAUCCGGAGGGAGCCAUGCUGGGUGCCGAUAAUUUCCAUCCUGGAGCAAAACCAACCAGUGGGAAAUCGGGAUUACGACAGAGUUUAGCAUCUCUCCCAGCCCCGCGAAAUAACUAUGAAAUCUUUGUCCCAGAGGAGGCGGAUGUCGAUGGAAAAACGGUUGAUCUGGAUGAUUCUGCUGCUGCCGAGGACGACGCAAGUGGCACAGCUGCUCGAAUUGCAGAUCAGUCUGAUCUAGAUCGACUUCGUGAGAAACAACAAGAGGCGGAGGCUCAGGCAGCCUGGUCUAAACGCAGUCAAGUUGUACGACGAGGGUUACCACGUCCGGCUGAAAUCAACCAUUCUAUUCUGCGCAGUGUACCACCCACACAGACGCCUCAACAAGAAUCGGCAUUGAGUGAUCUGCAACGGGCUGAAGAGAUGAUCAAACAGGAAAUGAUCACCAUGAUGCACUACGACAAUUUGCUCAACCCACCGCCAAGUCAAUUGGACGAAGCAACCAAACAAGCAACUACUGCAUCCGGGGCCGUGUCAACCGCACAGCAGAAACGAUACAUGCAACAGGCCAAAACGACACAUGAAUCAUAUCUGCGCAGCACACCAUUCGAACAGUUUGAUGACUCAGAUUUAAAGGAAGCGGAAAGCUUGUUGGUCGAUGAAAUGGCUGUGGUCCGUGCUGGUAUGAAUCAUGGUGAACUGUCUGCGGAAGCUUACGCCAAAGUGUGGCAUGAGUGUCUUAGUCAAGUCCUCUAUCUUCCCGCUCAUCGUCGCUACACUCGAGCCAAUUUAGUAUCCAAACGUGAUCGAAUCGAGUCUCACGAGAAGCGUCUGGAUCAACUGCGUCAACUAAUGGCAGAUGAAGCCAAACGUGCGGCCAAGCUGGAGAAAAAGCUACGCAUCCUCCUGGGUGGUUAUCAGUCUCGUGCUCAGACCCUGAUGAAAGCCAUCCAGGAGAGUGUGGAUCAAGUUGAACACAGUCAAAUGGAACUGAUCACAUAUGAACGAUUACACGAGCAGGAAACCGGUGCAAUAGUGCGCCGAUUGGAGAUUCUCGAGGCGGAUGUGGAACGUCAACAAAAACGAGGUGUGGAGUUGCAGCGUGAAUACGCUCGUCUGGUUCGUCUGUUGGAGGAGCGUGAAGCUGACUUGUUCCUGGCACAGAAUACGGAUCUGGCUCCCCCUACCUCCUCCGCCAAUAGGGCAACCAUAACUAACGGCCCAUCACAAUCUCCAGGUGCCUAUGAGGAGACAACAAGCAGUAUGUGCAACGGAUUGCCUAAUGAUCAGUCUUCAAAUUUGAUUGGACCCAGCCCACCCGCAACCUCAAGCGACCUAUCCGAACUAGCCACUACGGAAAUGACCAAGGAACUCGACUCACAGGCAGUCGAUAAAACAACAGAUUCCGAUGUAACGGGCACAUGA